AUGGUAGAAUCAUCUUAUUCCGGUUUGGGUAUCGAUUGUGCUUACUCAGUGGUUGUUCGCACAAGUGGCAAAGAAAAUGCUGGGACCACAGCUAAUAUAUUUGUACAAUUAACGGAUGUCGAAGGCAAACAAACGGACAAAGUGCGUCUUAAGUGUUCAGUUAGUCAUCGGAAGAAAUUUCAGCGAGGCCAUUCGGAUCUAUUCUUGCUUAUUGAGCAAAAUCCAUUAUCGAAGCUCAAAUCACUGGAAGUAUGGCAUGAAAAAAAGGGUGACUGCAGGCCGUGGUUACUGCAUUCCGUAUAUAUCAUCGAACAUAUGCAUCAUACUCUAUAUCAGUUUCCAUGCCACAAGUGGCUUGGUGACGAUCCUGAUGACUUAGUUAUACUUUCUUUUGCAAAGCCAAACUUUUAA